UAGUAUGUGGAGACGGCUUCCAAGAAACAUACAAUGGAUGCAUAAUGGCUGUCGAUACUCCCUUGGCCCUGACAUUAUUAGGAAACCAAGCAACAUUUGAAGAAAUGAGAGUACUGGGUGCAUUCCAAUAUUCUUCCAGUGAUAUUUUCCUUCACUGCGAUAGUAAUUUAAUGCCCAAGAAUCGAUCAGCAUGGAGUGCACUGAACUUAGAAGUAGUGAAGACAAAGCAUGCUUAACAUGCUGGCUAAAUGUGCUACAGAAUGUUGGGAAAACAAGUCUGCAAUUUUUUGUGACUCUCAAUCCACACCAUACACCAAACAAUACCUUGCUUAAGUGGUCAACUGGCCUUUUAAUUCCCUCUAUUGCUGCAUCAAAAGCUUCACUAGAGCUUGAUCAGAUUCAGGGGAAGAGAGGAAUCUGGUUCUGUGGCUAUGACUUCCUUGAGGACAAAUUCAAGGCUGGUAUGGUUGCUGCACAUGGUAUCUUGGGAAAGCAUUCAUCUGUUCUGAACAGUCAAAGGCACUUGUCGCUCUCUUUCACGGAAACAGGGGCACGUCUUGUUGUAACUAAAUUCUUUCAACAAUAUAUUUCCAUGGGCUGCGUAAUUUUAUUAGAGGAAGGAGGCAGAGUGUUUACUUUCAAAGGAAGCAUGGAAAAAUGUUCCCUUAAAACAGUUCUGAAGGUGCACAACCCACAAUUUUACUGGAAGAUUAUGACAGAAGCUGACUUAGGCCUUGCAGAUGCAUUUAUCAAUGGUGAUUUUUAUUUUGUUGAUGAAGAAAAAGGUCUUCUGAAUCUUUUCCUGAUACUCAUUGCCAACAAAGUCUCAAAGUUUUCUGCCUCACGACUGAACAAAAAAAGUGGUUGGUGGUCACCUGCACUGUUCACGGCUGGUAUAGCUUCUGCAAAGUAUUUCUUUAGGCACGUCUUAAGGCAAAAUACUCUUACACAGGCUCGUAGGAAUAUUUCUCGUCAUUAUGAUCUGAGUAAUGAGCUUUUUGCUCUAUUCUUGGGUGAAACAAUGCAAUACUCGUCUGGAAUUUUUAAGACUGAAGAUGAAGACUUGAAGGUUGCACAGCAAAGAAAAAUCAGUUCUCUAAUUGAUAAAGCAAGAAUAGAGAAGCAGCAUGAAGUUCUUGACAUUGGAAGUGGUUGGGGAAGCUUUGCUAUUGAAGUUGUCAAAAGAACUGGAUGCAAAUAUACUGGAAUUACUUUAUCAGAGGAACAACUGGAAUUUUCAGAAGCAAAAGUGAAGGAAGCUGGACUUCAGGACAACAUCAAAUUUCUUCUCUGUGACUAUCGCCAGUUACCCAAUACCUGCAAAUACGAUAGAAUCAUAUCCUGUGAGAUGAUAGAACAUGUUGGCAAUGAAUAUAUUGAGGAAUUUUUCCGAUGCUGUGAGUCUGCAUUGGUUGAGGAUGGGCUUUUCAUCCUUCAGUUCAUAUCAAUGCCAGAGGAGCUUUUUGACGAGUACACCCAAAGUGCAGGCUUUGUGAAGGAAUAUAUCUUCCCUGGUGGAUGCCUGCUUUCUCUGAGUAGGAUUUUAUCGGCCAUGGCUGUGGCAUCCAGACUCAGUGUGGAGCAUGUGGAAAAUAUAGGAUCUAAUUAUUUCCAAACACUGAGAUGUUGGAGAAAAAAUUUCUUGGAAAAUCAGAGCAAAAUUCUGGCUUUGGGGUUUGAUGAGAAGUUCAUGAGGACAUGGGAAUAUUAUUUUGAUUACUGUGCAGCUGGUUUUAAAUCUCGUACGCUUGGAGAUUACCAGGUUGUAUUUGCACGGCCUGGAAACUUUGCUGCACUUGGCGAUCCAUACCAAGGUUUCCCUUCAGCAUAUUCAUAUUGACUCAACCAGGAUCAAACUACUGCUUCUUCUGCUUAUGUCUAAAUCUCUCUCCCCACUUUGCUUGUACGCUUUGUUGUAACAGAAGAAAUCAAAGCAAAUAAUAUCUGUCGUCUGUACUUGGUACACUCAUUGGAUGAUUGUAGUAUACAUGGAGUCUUUCAAUAAA